GUGUGAAGUACUAACUCCCUACCUCCGAAAAAUAGCAUUUUUUUGUUUCUCUCUCUCUCUCUCUCCUUCGAUCACGUCUGUUGUGGUCCAGCAUCAUAUUGGGAGGAGAGCGUCGGGGAUCCUGCACAUCUGCUGCGCUCCUGCGAGGAGGUACAAGACCGAGCCAGCAUCACUUACACAAACAACACCAAUGCACAUGAGAGGAAAGGGAUUACCGAUGCAAUAACUGUCUUCUGGCCAGGAAUCAGGAGUCCGUAAUGCGUGAAAAUCCACAGGUGAAAAUGCUGUGCUGAUUUGAUUCAUUCCAGCUGCGAUUUCUCGCAUCAGAUUUGGUGAACUGAAGCUGGUAAGGUAAAAGAGCGGGAUUGAAGGAUAUGGCCAUAAUCCGGAUAUCGUUACUCUUGCAAGUGGGAUUUGUUAUAGGAUCAAAUUAUAGAUAUGUGGAACAUGAUCGGGACCUAAAAGCAAAGCUGCCCAUUUAUAAUACGCACAGCAACCAGCAAGCGCACCUCCGGAAGCCACAUUCGGGUUUAGCGCAGAAGAUCGAGGAACAGGUACCCCGAGUGGUGAGUGCGUUUCUGCACACGGGGGAUUCCUCCACCUUAAAACACGGCAACUGCUCCAAGAGAUAUGAGCUGGCGGUGUUGCGGGGAAGGACGCGCGGAGACGCGCAUCACUCCAUGCGCAGCGUUCUGGACACGGUCCUUCACGCCACAAACUUCCUCAACAUGAUCCUACAAACGAACAGGUCCAGAGAUCACAGCCCCAGACGCGAUAUGGAGUGGUACCACGCUCUGGUCAGGAGUAUCCUGGAGGGCGACAUCAAGAUCCAUCGAGCAGUGAUCACCUUGAGCACCGAGUCCCCUCCUGAAGGGCCACCUGUUUACCUUCAGGCCACACGAGCAGGUGGAGAGAUAAUUCUCCAGGAUUUAUCCAACACUGCCCACCAUAUACUGAAGAACAGAACGGCUGAUACCGAGUGGUACCAUGAGCAUAAAAAUAAAAAGAAGACCCAUCUCCAGAAACGAGUGCUGAGUCAAGAUUUUGCCUCUUUUGACGCGUCUGUGCGCAGUGGAGAAAGUUAUAUUACCGACAAAACUCAAAUUCACUGGUCAGCUCCGUAUUUGGAGUGUAAAAAUGGGAAUUUCAUUCCCAGAUGGCUCGUGACACUGUCUGCUGGCUUCUAUGGCCUUAAACCCAACCGGAAUCCAGACUUCAGGGGUGUUGUUCGAGUGGACGUCAGCCUGCAGGAUGUGGAUAUUGAUCAGUGCUCUGCAGAUGGCUGGUUUGCAAAUGCCUGGCCACACAGGUGCAACCUCACCACUAUGGAGUGUUUGCCCAUCCCAGGUCAUGGAUUUGUGCUGGACAAGUAUAAAUGUCACUGCAAAAGCGGCUUUUAUCAUCCAAGCAGAGUUGCAGUCAAUGGCUUUAAAAGGAAAGCAACUGGGAAGGGCAAGGAGAGUUUGCCACAUCACAGGGAUGUUCCAGAAAGUUCCAGCUACUGUCUGCCCUGCCAAGAAGGCUGUGCUUUCUGCAAGGACGACGCGCCCUGUGUGGCCCGGGGUGAAGGCGCCCUGCGUAUGGCAGUGCUCUCCUUUCAGGGCUUGUGCAUGCUCAUGGAUUUCAUCAGUAUGGUGCUGCUCUACCAUUUCCGCAGGAACAAGAGUAUCAGAGCAUCAGGACUCAUCCUGUUAGAGGCCAUCUUGUUUGGAGCGCUCCUCCUGUACUUUCCGGUGGUGAUUCUGUACUUCCAGCCGAGUGUUUUCCGCUGUAUACUACUGCGAUGGGUUCGUCUGCUCGGAUUUGCCACUGUCUAUGGAACGGUCACCCUCAAACUCUACAGGGUUCUCAAAGUGUUCCUGUCACGUACAGCCCAACGGAUCCCAUACAUGACCAGCUGGAGAGUGAUACGUCUUCUGUGUGUCAUCCUGCUGAUUGUGUUAUGGUUCGCAAUAGCCUGGACCACCGCUGUUUGUCAGAAUCCAAACAGACAUCUCGCUCUCAUCAGUGUGGGCUUCACCACUGAUGGGCUACAGUUCAGCAUGUGUCUGCUGGACCGCUGGGACUACAUGAUAGCUGUGGCUGAGUUCCUGUUCCUCCUGUGGGGUGUGUAUCUGUGCUAUGCGGUGAGGACCGUCCCCUCAGCUUUUCAUGAGCCACGCUACAUGGCCAUCGCAGUGCACAAUGAGCUCAUCCUCUCUGCCAUAUUCCACAUUUUAAGGUUCACUCUUGCCCCUGAACUGCACCCGGACUGGAUGUUGAUGCUAUUCUUUGCUCAUACACACUUGACAGUGACUGUCACUUUGGCGUUACUGCUUGUGCCAAAGUUCUUGUUUGCGGGUACACAUCUAAGGGAUGACAUUGCUACAGAGGCCUAUGAAGAUGAAUUGGACAUGGGCCGGUCUGGGUCAUACCUGAAUAGCAGCAUCACGUCCGCCUGGAGUGAGCACAGUCUGGACCCAGAGGAUAUUCGGACACCAGAGGAAAUGGGCCAGCUAAGUUCUAUUAAUGGCUGUGGCGUAAGGUCUUGCGACAGUCUUUGGGAAAAACGUACCAACGAAGAGCUGAAGAAACUCUACUCCCAGCUGGAGAUUUAUAAGAGGAAAAAGAUGCUGGCCAACAAUCCUCACCUGCAGAAGAAGCGCAGCUCCAAAAAGGGCCUAGGUCGCUCCCUCAUGCGCCGCAUCACUGAGAUUCCAGAGACAAUGGGCCGGCAGUGUAGCCGUGAGGACAAGGACCUGGGUGAACAUGGGAGUAACCGCAACAGCAUCUGUGUCCUAAGAAAGAACCCUUUUGAACCCACACACUCUGUUAAGCCUGCCAAAGAGGAAUCCUUGAAGAGCAAAGUUUUCUCCCUUAAAAAGUCCCACAGCAGUUAUGACCAUGUUCGGGACCACAGUGAGGAUUCCAGCAGUUCAGUAACUGACAAUAUGGAAGUCACAAACACAGAAGACUCCCUUCUCGAAACCCUAAUGGGCAAGAAGCUUGUCAAAAAGUCCUCCGAGAAGAUUGAUGCAGCCAGUGAGUCAACAGAGUCCGUUCCCCUGGUGUGUAAGUCAGCCAGCGCUCACAACCUGACAGCUGAUAAGAAACCUAUUCACCCUAGAACAUCCAUGCUGCAGAAAUCUCUAAGCGUCAUUGCCAGUGCCAAAGAGAAAACACUUGGUCUAACAGGAAAGGCCCAAGCAGCGGAGGAUCCAACAAAGAAAGCCAAUCAAAAGAACAAGGAUGCCAAGACCCCAGCUGAAGCUGAAGAAAAGGAGGGUUAUCCAAAGAUGAUUGUCAGUCAGUCAGUGGAGUACAAGCAGACAGCUGCCAAAGCUGGUAUAAUGAAGCCACAGAUGAGCGGAAGCCAGCCCUCAAUUUGCUCAGAAACAGCCAAGGGGAAAGACCUGUAUGACCUCUCAGAGGUGUGCCCUUGGGAAGUGGAGGACGUGCCGACUCCCUCCGAAAACAAGGUCCAGAAACAUGUGUCUAUUGCCCCCGAGCAGACCACCGCAGUCCACGGAAGUAGCAACAAGGCGACAAAGUCGCAACAGCAAAAGCAGAAAGCCACAGAGCAAUCACCCUCCGUGGUCAGACGUCCAACCCAAAAAGCUGCUGAUAGAGCAGACAUAUGUCCGUGGGAGGAAGGAAAUGAGGACCAUGGUCAGGCAGUGGGGCCAAAACCUCACUCCAGUAGUAAGCCUGCCAUGUCCAAACCCCAGGCAUCUGGAGAGGUUGCCAAGGUUCUCAAAGCUGAGGUCUGUCCAUGGGACUUUAAGGAAGUGUCGAGCAAGCCAAAGGACUCGGGUUGCUCCCCUGAUCAGAGCAGACCACGAAAGGACACUACGCCAACUGAGAUCAAAGGGAAAAUAAGCUCCUCGUCUACUGAAGUCAAGGACAAGGGUACAACGCCCACCGAGGGUAAAGCAAAGAGCGUUUUCUCCGAGCCUACUAAAUCCCAAGGCAGCACACUACAGCCACCCUUUAAAGCAGAAGUGUGUCCAUGGGAGGUUGAGACUGUGUCAGGUCCUGUCUCUGAAAAAAAACCUUGUUCUUCUCAGGUUUCUAAAACAAAGGAGACAUGUGCUAUAAAGAAGGAAACUUCUCCUGUCAGAAUAUCAGAGAUGGAAAGAGAGAACGCAAAGGGUCCUGAUGAAGACAAAAUUAAAUCAAAUGCAAAAGACAAGUUAACCUCUGGAAAAACGAAAGAUAGUCCUAUCAGCCAGCCUAAACUGGCUGAGGUUUGUCCAUGGGAUGCUGAUAGUAGUCACGAAAUUGUCUCAAUGGAAAAACAAAAAAGCCCAAAUGUUGCAUUAGCAAAAAUUAAGCAAGCAGAGGUAUGCCCUUGGGAUUUUGAAGAUGCGGCAACUAGUAAAGAAGUCAACCAGAGCACCAGUUCACCCACUGGCAAACAGAAAAGUUCGAAUUCCAAAGGCAGAGUUACUAGUGGUGUUAAAACGUCAGAUGUCUGCCCUUGGGACUUUGAUGACCAAGGAUCAACAAAAAAAGCAUGACACUUUACCUGAGUGAACCAUUAGUUAGUCCUCAUUAUAUGUGCUUUUUCUUUCAUAAAUACACCAUGAAAUAAAAACUUUAAUAGCAUUUAUGGUGAUUUGGAAAAGAAAAUCAACAUGUCGCACAAGCUGCCUUUCUCUUCAACCUUUUGUUUUCCCUUUGUGUUUUUUGGAAUAAAAGGAAGAAAACCCUGAAAAAAAACACACACAAAAACAAAAAUGCAACAACUCACCAGGCAUUCCAGAUUUUAAAGUAUUGGUUGAACCUUUAAAUAGAAAUGGUAGUUUACAAUUAUGCAACUCUUUAUGUGCAAUGUAAACAAGAUGCCUAUGCUCACCACAUGUAUCCUCAUUAACAUUUGAGCUCUCAGAACAGCUGCAUCUGUAGCCUCUCCUUGACUAUGGCUUCCACAAAAGAUUGUACAAGUUAUUGUUACAUAGGAAGGUGUGGACCAUGCAUGAAGUGUCAUGGAGUAAGCCUGAUCCAUUUCCUUGUUUUCGUUUGUUUCACACAUUAUCAUCUGGUUUGAAUAAAAAUUAAUAUUUGCCAAAGAUAGAGGUAAAAUCCAAUAAAUCUAAGAACUCAAACCUCAACAGCAUAAUAGAGACACAGCAUUUGUACAGUGAGCCGAAUUCAUGCGACUGCUAGAAAAUUAGCCUGUAGCACUUUAGUAAAGAACACGCUUAGAGAGACAGAUGCAAACUGGACAGAACUCCAUUCAUAUUUACCCUUGUUUGUUGUUUGGCCUUGCUGUUUUAUGCCGUUCUGCGAUCAUAUGUGCACAUCUGCAACAUUUUUUAGUUAUCUUGACUAGAAAAAAAAGCUAGAAAAAAUUAAACAUUUCCAAUGCUUCCAAAUGUGCUAAUAUAUUAUCCUGAAUGUGCCUAUUUAAAUAGUCCUGUACCAGUCUUACUUUGUAUUGGGAGAUGUGAAACCUUUGUCAUAGCCCAUGUUACAAAUACUUAUUGAAACACUUGAUGAAAAUCAGCAUCUUAUUUUUGAAAAUAAAUGAUGUUUAGUUUAUAUAUUAGUAAUGUUGCAAAAUUGUAAAUGCUUUUUGAAUGGGGUACGCUAUGAAAAAAAAAAAGUCCACUACUCAGUUCAUGGGACCAUAGAUAUUGUUUCUCUCAGCGUAGGGCACAAUCAUGCCUCUGAUGUCUUUCCUUUUUGUUUUUUACAAUUAGAAUACUCAUGAAUAUGAAAUCAAAUUCCAGUCUAUCUCAUAUCAAAUUCUAACACAAGCCUCAAUUUCUUUAAUAUGUAUUACAUCAGUUUACAAAUAAAGUCUUGCUCUUACCGUAUUGAUUUAUUUUUUUGGGAAAAUGUAUCGAUUUCUUAGAAGAACAUUCUAAAAACAUCCCCAGUGAUUGCUGAUGUGAAUUCAACAAUGUAUCUAAAUUACUGUUGGAAUGUUAACAUAUCUUGUAUGCCUUUUCAGCACAUGGUCAUUGGUAAUCUGUAAUGAUGUCAAGGUAAUGGUGUCACAACACAUGAGGCAUGAACUGUUGUACAGGUUGAUGCCUAGUUAUGAAAUGUUCGUAUAAAUGUCGACAUAUUGCGAUUGCAAACUAUUUUGACCCAAUCUUACAGUAGCUAAAUGGUUUUUAAAUGUAUUGACAGAUUCUUGUGUUUUGUAUGUGCACAAUAUGAAUUAGCAAGAAUACAGAAAAAAUGGUUAUGCCAUGUAAAUAUGUUAUAGCUACCAAAGAGGUUAAAAAAUUUACCUAAAUAUUUAAUUCUUGGCAUUUGUUUGAAAUCAGAUAAUGUAACACUCCCGUUUCUCCACAGUGGGGUAAAUUUAUCAAUGACCUCUUAUCACAAUUUAACUUAUAAAACUAAAAUUAUCUUUCCAUGCUAAUAUUUACAUAGGUAGGUCAUUCCUGUUCUGCAGUACUUUUUUUUCUUUCUUUCACCGGACUUUCAGAAAUAUGCUCUGGUAAUGGCGGGUUCAGACUACACAAUAUUUUUGUCGGUCACGAUAGUCACAGUGUCAGAUUACACGAUUUUUACUCCUAAAAUCUUGUCGUGUCGUGGACAAGAAACAUGUAAUACAGGCAGACAGGAGUACUGUUGACACAGCUCCACGAACCUUUCCUCCAUUUCAUAAUUCCACCUAGC